UAGAUAAACUGGCACAUAUUUAUUUGUGUGUGUGUGUGUGCGUGGUAUAUAUAAAUGUAUAUGUACAUAUUACUUUGUUGACGGCGACUCGUGUAAGGCAUGUGGCGAUGUUUAAAGCAGACUCUACCCUCUUCAUGCUGGUAGCAAUGGCGGUGACGAGCCAUUCGUUCAUUCUCAAUGAUAACUUUGAAGGUGAAUGCUUUGAUAAACUUGGCAGCUGUGCUUCGUAUGGUGCCGAUAUGUGUAGUAGAAACAAUGGGCUGUGGGCGAGAGUGUACUGCCAAGCACACUGUGGACAUUGUGACACUUCAAAGAACACUCACAGUCACGGCUGCUUGUACAAAGAUGUGACUUACCACGAGGGACAGACGUGGGAGGAUGGCUGUGACUACAAGUGCAGAUGUGUGGACGCCAGCAACAACUUUUUCACGUGUACAGAAUACUGUCUGAAGCAUGAAACAGAAGACAUGGCCGAUGGAUGCCACUGGGAAAAAGUUCCAUUUGAAUGUUGUGAGGUGGAACUUUGUCCAAAUAAAAACCGAGGAGUAACACGACCAGCUGGCGGCAACACAUCAGCCACAUCGGCAGCCUUGACAUCAGAUCCAUGAACUGCGCCAACACAUCAUGGUCCAAAUAAAAUAUAUCCAGCCACAACACCAA